AUGACCCCCACAUGGAAGCUAGCAACAUUCAUUAAGAGGGCAAGAAGAGAGUGUAAAGUAGAAAUAAGGUACUACUUGGCAUGGUAUGCUAGGCAGAGGGCAUUCAAGAUGAUUUGGGGGGAUGCAGCUUUGGAAUAUGAGAAAGUUUGGGACUAUGCAGCUGCCAUAUUGAAGUAUAACCCAGGAAGUACAGCUGUUGUGAAGGUAGAUGAAGUGCUUAACCCCCAACCUGUUUUCCAGAGGCUAUAUGUGUGCUUGCAAGUCUGGAAGCAGGGAUUCAUGGCAGGAUGUAGGCCAAUCUUGGGAGUGGAUGGUGCUCACUUGAAGGGGGCUUAUCCAGGCAUUCUACUGACAGCUGUGGGGAAAGAUGGCAACAACAACAUCUUCCCAGUAGCAUGGGCAGUUGUAGAAGUAGAAAAUGGAGAAACUUGGACAUGGUUUUUGGAGUUGUUAAGACGGGACAUUGAGUUAGUUGUAGACUCUGUCACUUGGGUGCAUGAAGCUGAUGAACUCACUUACAUGAGUGACAGGCAAAAGGGCCUAUUGGAUGCAUUUUCCACAGUCAUGCCUAAUGUAGACACUAGGUACUGCUGCGGGCACAUUUGGAGCAACUUCAAGAACAAAUUCCCUGGGACUGUCUACAAAGAGCACUUUUGGAAAGCUGCAAGAUCUACCACAGAGCAUCACUUCAAGCAGCAUAUGAAAGACAUCAAAAGGCUGAGUGUAGAUGCCUUUAACUACUUACAAGCCAUCCCAGCUGCUCAUUGGUCAAGACACAAAUUCAGCACCUCCUCCAAGUCAGGUAUGCUUUUGAACAAUUGUUGUGAGAGCUUCAACAAUGUUCUUAGAGAAGCUAGAGCCAAGCCUAUUCUACAGUUGAUGGAGUGGAUAAGGAAAUAUGUAAUGGGAAGGUUUUUUGCAAAAAAGGAAGGGCUGAAAACUUUCAAUGGUGUGAUCAUGCCAACUGUUCUGAAGAUGGUGCAUAGAGGUCUGCAACAAGUGUCCAACAUGAGAGUAAGUCAAGCUGACUUAAUGGAGUUUGAAGUUGAUGACUCAGGAGACACCUAUGUUGUGAAUCUGGAAAACAAAGCUUGUAGCUGCAACAGAUGGACUCUUAUGGGAAUUCCUUGCUGGCAUGCACUUGCCUGUAUUCAAUUGAGAAGGCUAGACAUUGAAAACUUCAUCCACCCAGCUUAUCAUGUGGAGACCUACACCAAGUGGGAAGUCACUCCUUAUCCCAGGCCAUUACCUCCUGCACACAGAAACUUACCUGGCAGGCCUUCACAUAAGAAGAGAAAGAAAGAAGCUGGAGAAGAUAAGGAGAGGAAGAAUGUCAAGAGGGAAAAGGUGCAAAACAAAUGCUCUAACUGUGGUGGGUUGGGGCAUUACAAGAAUAAAUAUCCAAGCCCACCUAUUGAUAAGCCAAAGAGGCAGCCUGGAAGACCAAAGAAAGUUGCAGCAACAGGGCAACCAGUAGCAGUCCAAGCAGCAGGAACUACCUCAUCCCAACAACUGAGUCAAUCAACCCAAGCUUCUCAACAUUUCAUCUCACUGUCUGCACCCCAACAUGAAACCCGACAAGCUCAUUAA